AUGCUGGUGAAGGGCGGCGCGGAGCGCUCCAAGGUCAACGCGCGGAUCCAGAGGACUUUGGGCCACUACGAGGUCAUCAUGGGCUUGCCUGCGGCCUGCUUUUGGGAGGAGCUUGUCCAGGCUUUCCCGAAGGCCAAGGUCAUCUUGACGGAUCUGGAGGAGGACCAAUGGUGGCUGUCCACUUCGAAGGCCAAAGAGGCCUUGGCGCGUGAUGUACCUGGAGUUCCCCUCAACAACAGCCCGGUGAGACACUGGCUGCAGCGCAUCUUCGCACCAUCUUAUGGCAAGUUCUGCUCAUUCUUGCGAUUCUACUGGGCCGCAAAGCUUGGCUACAGUGAGGGGCAGGUGAGUGAGCAUGUCGCCAGGCGGCGCUUUCGGGAGCACACCUCCUACGUCAAGGCUCGAAUGGCGUCCGCCUACGACGCGAACCACUUGUUGGUGUACAACGUGAUGGACGGGUGGACGCCACUCUGCAGCUUUUUGGGGCUGAAGGAGCCGGAGGAUGGUUUCCCAGAAGUGCGGUACAAGAACCGUGACAAGAGCCAACCGGAAUGGUUCGGGCGAGUCACGGGCAUGACCCUCCUUUUCCAUCCUAAUGGGGUGAUGAUCUCGCUCUUGCGGAGAGAGCUGCUCUCCAACGCCGUGACUGGCUUUUCCUUUGCGACAUUGCUCCUCUUUGUGCUUUUUCUGCUUGAGGGGCCUACGCCUGCUGGACUGGUCUACCUUGCAGUGCUCGGUACCAUCUGGACAGCUUAUGUGGUCAUGUACGAGACCAUGUACAAAAUCCCCUUCCUCUUCGUCCUCUCCACAACACUCAAGUGCCUGCUCAUCGCUGGCUCCUUGCAAACAAGCAGCGUCAUCUACGGGGUGCUCAAAGAGCAGGUCGCUUCUAGAGACAAGAUCCCCUCGGCGCUGGUGCUCCUCACGAAUCGACUUACGUCGACGGCCUGCUGUUGCCUCUACUUGCUGGUCACCACCAAGCGUGUCAGCCUGGGGGCAAGCCCACUAGCCUUCUCCUCCUUCGCGGUGACCAACGAAGUCUCUUCCUGGGCCGGAUAUGAGGUCAUGAGAUACUUUUCAUAUCGCGUGCAGGUAAUGUCGAAAUCCGCGAAGAUGCUUCCGACGAUGAUCGUCGGGCGAGCCUGGCUUGGCAAGCGCUACUCACCGCCGGAGUACCUUCGUGCUGUCUUGGCGCUCUGCUGUGUCUUCGCAAUGCACUGUGCCGACGAGUGGGACCAGCCACGCAGUGAAGCGAAGCAGACGCAAGAGUGGCUGAUGGGAGUCCUCAUGCUUGGGAUCUUCUUCAUCGCAGACAGCUACACCUCGACCAUACAGGAGGGCCUCUAUCAGGAGAAGGGGCUGACGGAAGUACAGAUGAUGCUUGGCGGUAACUUGCUCGGGCUUACCGUGUCCAUGGCGCGCAUCGCAUCCUCCUUCUCAAAGAUAUCGGCUUCCAUCGACAGCAUGUCCAUGUCCUCGCAGGGCUUGGGUAUGUUCUGGCGUCUCCUGGGGCUCGGAGUCAUGUCCGCAUUGACUCAAUUCUGCAUCUACUCUGCAAUCAGCGUUCUGGGAGCCGACGGAUUCGCGUGGGCGCAGGCAUCCCAAAAGUUGGUCUCCGUGCUGGUGUCCUUGGCCAUUUUUGGCUCCGGAAUCAGUGCCUCUGAAAGCAAAAUGACAGUCCUGUACGGGGGCCUUGCGCUGGACCUCGGGGACAUUGCCCACAACACCGUUGCCGCGAUCGGCGACCCUACGUGGGCGAGGGACUACCUCAACCUGCAGUUCUGCUCCUUCAACGCUGGGAAACGACCUGCAGUUGAAGAUGACGACAACGAAAGACCGUUGACUCUCACCACUCUCCUGGCCGCUCUCAAGGAGAACCGUGAGGAGAUUGUGGCACAAGUUCGGGAAGACAUGGACACCAUAACCAAUCGCAUGUCCACUGUGGAGCUGACUGUGGACACACAUGUUGCCAACACCACAAAACUUUUGGAAGCUAUGACCGACCGACAUUGUGCUAUGGAACAAAGUGUUCGCAAGGUGGAUGAAAAACAGCAAUCCGUGCUACAUCGUCUUGAGCUCUUGGAGGGGAAGUUUGCAAAGGCCAAGUUCUCUAUGUCGAGCACGAGGACCUCGGAGACCGAAGGAGGCAACCCCCGACCAGCUCUGGUGGUCGGGGGAUGGGAUGCCGACCAACACCAUGAAGAGACCCUGCGCUUGGUCAAACAACACCUCGCCGAGCUCAACAUCAACUUGGACGUCAGCCAGGCCUUCGUCCCAGGACUGAGACGCGGAUUCGCCCUCGUCCCCCUCACCAGGCUGGAGGGGGAAACAGAGGAAGAACAACGAGCCCGAGUUCAAGAGGCACUCCGCACAAUCCGAGCAGCCAAAGUCGUGACCGGCCAACGACCCGAAGGGGGACAGCGAUAUUUCUUUGCCGCUAUGAGCCAGAGCCCGGAACGCCGCAAACGAGCACAACUUGCUGGGAAAGUCAAAAGGCUCAUCAUCGAAGAGGGUGGAGAUGUACGCCGCAUCGAUGUCGAGUAUGGCACAGCAAACCUGUGGUACAACAGCAUUAAAGUCGCCUCGGGGGUUACCUCGGCUCCGGAAGGCGCUUCAGUCGAGAAAUCCGGCUGGGUUCACCUUGGCUCCCUGGCCCGACAGAUCGGGAUCUCGGAGGAGACUGCCGCAAACAAAUGGGGGGCUGGACAGAUGCAUGCCAUCAGUUGGAAUGUAGGGGGACUUUCAGCGGCUAAAGCACUUGAAGUCAUCCUUGCACUUCGGCGACAACGAAUUCGUCCUUUUUGUGGCACCCUGGUCGUGUUCAUCCAAGAGAUCAUAUGCGACCCGGGGAAACAACACUCUUCCUUCGGCGAGUUGCAGGCCUUUUUCGGCAAACAAGCUGGAGAAUGGAGCUUCGGCUGGGCGCUUUCUCGGUCCAUAUCCCACACCAUAGCACUUAUCGGGAUCGAUGCCAACGAGACCUUUGAAAUGGCACAACAACGAAGACAGACGAAGGCUUGCACUGCACGCGGGGAGAUGCUGCUGGAAUGGUUCGAAGAGGAAGAAUGUCACUUACCACAACAAUCCCUUGAGCGACCGAGCCACUUCCCGUAUAACACGGCACUCGAACCACGCCGACUCGACUACAUCUUUGCCAAGAAGCUGCUCUGCGACCCGGGGGAAAUCCUCGCCCACAGAGACAUCGCCACGUCGGACCAUGAACCCGUGGCAGUACCCUUGACUCAGAUUCGCAUCAAGAACAUCGAGGGGGAACGAGCUGCAGCUUGGUCAUCUCGUGUGCUCCGAGCAGGAGACGAGGUCGAUGCCAUCCUUGAUCGCGACCUCCAUGUCGGGGGUGACCCUGUGACACAGAUCCAGCGAGUCGCUGUGGCGAUCAGCAAACCCGGCAAACACAAGCAACCCUUCGAAGAAUCACCGGCACUUCGCGAAGUCCGACGACAAGCACUCCAAGCUCCACCUGGCGAAGAACGACGACGCCUUUGGAAACUGGCCAGGAAAACACGCAAGCAAGAACACAGACAGUGGCAACAGCUGGCCAUGCAGAAGGUGGCCGAAUUGGACUGGGGGAUGAAAAAGGCCCUCACAGAGCAGAGCCGUGAUCACACGUGGGAACUGCACCUGAUUGACGACGACAACUGGAAGCAGGCGCUGCAGGACCACUUUGAAAAGAUCUUCUUCAAACAAAAGCAGAUCAUUGUCACAGCCACCAUCUGGGGGAUCAUGCACCAGCUCGAGAUCAUGUGCAAGCACACACCCUGGAAACCUUUCACGAUGGAAGAGCUUGUCGCUGUGAAGGUCAAGUGGAAAAACGGGAAGUCGUGUGGACCCGACAUGGUGUCGCGUGAAGCUUUGAAGGCCAUGCUGCCCCACCCAACAUGGGGGAACCGCCUGCUAGAGCUGUUCAACGACAUGCUCUACACCUGCCGCAUCGUUGCAAGUGUCGAGACAGGAGUCACCAUCCUGUUAGCAAAGACGAGUCAGCCAAAAGACUGGAGCGAAACUCGCCCCAUAACACUCAGCUCAGUCCUGCUCAAGACCUUUGGGCAAUUGGUCUUACAGCGAUCGGGGGAUGCCAUUCAAACCCCAGCAAGGCUGCAAUGGUGCAGGCGGGGGAGACAAGGCAUCGAAUUGAUCCUCAUACUCAGAAGACUGGCACGCAUCGCUCGCGAUUGGGGCCUGGAGUUCUACAUCGCCAAGUUAGACAUCCGGAAAGCUUUCGACUCCAUCUACCAAGAAAGCCUUGCCGCCCACGUGCACCAGGCCGUCGGGGAAAAAGCCCGCCUCCCCUGGGAGGCUCGAGCGUGGGUAGCACUGCUCCAUGCAGAAAAUAUCUGCAUACAAGUGGCGGGGGAAAGCAUUCCCAUUCGCCAGAGCAAUGGAGUCCGUCAAGGUGCACCCGAAAGUCCAGUUGCUUUCGGCUCCGUAGUGGCAGAGGACCUUGAUGCAGCCAUUCGAGAGGCGAAAAGCAGCAAGCCUUCUGACGACACCUCACCACCCGAAGACGGGGGAAGCUACAUGGACGACAACUACAUCUGGUCGACAAACCGCCAGCACUUCCAACACUUGCUUUCGUGUUUGGGCCAUCGACUACCUCGACGCGGACUCUUCCUGCACCCGGGGAAAACCGACAUCAUUUCCAACUCCGACAAGCCGGCGACCUUCAAAGUAGCGGGGGAGAAUGUCGUGACCAAAGGGCCCAAACAUAUUUUUCACGUGCUUGGGAGCCCUCUCUCCUUCCAUGGGGGGACUGCCAUGUUGCUGGCUGAAGCACAAAGCAGGGCCCGAAAAGCCUUCUGGACCCAUCGAGAGUCUUUUACCUCUGCAGCCACCAUCCGGCAGAAACUCCAGAUCCAUGUCGUGCUGGUCAGACAGAGCGCCCUAUGGGCUUGCCAGACAUGGCCGUGCCACAGCAGCCUCUUACGCUCCAUCAACAGCAUCCAACUUGCCCAUGUGCGAGUCAUGCUUGGACUCCGACGACAACCAUGUGAAGAGUGGGCGACCUGGAACAAGCGAAGUCUCCGACGAAGCCGCCUUGCCCUCUACCACUGUGGGGGAAUCCGCUGGUCCACUUUCGUGCUCUCCCAGAUUUGGACCGCCAUUGGACAUGUUAGCCGUGGUGAUCCUAUCGGGGGGAAAAUCCUCCAGUGGCACAGCCUCCAGUGGUGGCAAGAGCAAAAAGACCGAGGGCAACCUGUGCAGCAUGCAGCCCGCUUCAACGCCUACAUGGACAUAGACCGGCAACUCAGCGACACAAUCGGCAAGAACUGGUUUGCGAUUGCACAGGACAGGGACACAUGGGGGGAGUGGGAAUCUGUUUUCAUUGCAAAGUACGACGUCCCAUGGAGCAGUGGCAAACAAAGCAGCAUCGCAAACCUUGCACCGGGGGACCAACAAGCCUCCGACAGAGCCUUCCUAGCAAGCCUUGAGGAUGACAACCGGACAGACGCAGGAGCAACAUCCACAACACAGCAAGCCCUGCAGCGCAUACUGGCAAAGGCUUGGCGGCAACUGAGCGCGGCUAGCAACCACAACCCCACCUCGUACUUCGACAUACAACAUGAUAUCGACAUUCUUCUCACAUGGCUGAAUAGUCACUUACACGCCAUGGCCACGGCACGCGCUGGCAACCCUCAACAGUGGGGGACCGGCGAAGCUGGGCUGGACUAUGACAGAGGCAUGUUCAACACGGGGACUGUCCUCGGCCAGCUGGGCACCGCUCUGCAGGGGAUCCAAAUGGAGCCCCAACAACGAGAGCACUGGCUACAGUUGGCAGAUCUCUGCCACUAUCUGGCUGCGGUGGAGAGAGGCGACCCAGUUGGGCACCCCGCGGAUGUCAUAGCUGCACAUCGGGGGAUUGUAACAUCUCACCUGGCCCGUGACCGUCGACAACGCUUGGCCCGGGGGAUUGCCCUCGAACUACAGUCCUUGAGAAGCCAACUACAACAAUGGAGGCACUACAUCCUGGACAACCUGUUCUCCCGGGCUUUGCUGAAGUACACGAUCCGGCCGGGGGACAUCUACCUGCACCUCCAGGCGCUGCUGAUGUACAUGAUCCUGCCGGGGGACGUGGCAUGGCAACAUCUUCUUCAAGCCGGCAAGAAUGGUGGCUCUUCGAUCGACACCACGGGCUUGGGAACGUACCCACUGGCAGUCAUCAGGAAGACGGGGGACUACCUCGUGAAGGACUCAGUCCCACGGAAGACAUCGCCAGUAGCAGUGAAGAAAGCCCGGCGGAACACCGACGCCGCCGCCUACAUGGUGCCCUCGACCGCCACGGGCCGAUCUGAGGGCUCUCGGCUCAAGGGUGACAAAGAGAGUCGCCCUGCUGAGGAGCUGGUUCGUGCCCUACAGAAGGGCACGAGCCUUUCAGUUCCCGUGGCUCGGAACCGAGCCCGGGAGCAUCGUACUGGUGGUUCGAUUGGUCCUGGGAAGGAUCCACCGAACCGAAAGCCAGCACACCCCAAGCUGAAGAUGCCCAUUCUCGACGAUGGUAUUUCCGGAUUUUGGCCGGAGUACUGUGGGAGAUAUGGGUGGACCUAUUGGUUGGCCACGACCACUAUUCUGUUGGGGAUGCUGCAACUUACCUACUGGACCUAUGCGUGGGUCGUCAGGCCCAUCAUUGUCGUCAUAGGAGCCCUGCUCCAAUACGUGGCGGGCCGACGAACCUGGGAAGCCGUGCUGAGAGGGCACGGCGAGAACCCCUACCAUGUUAGGUGGACAGGACCCCAGGGCGAGCAUCCCUGGUCGGUCAAUUAUGUUCAAGAUCAAGUCAGGGGGAGAGGUGAACAACAGCUCCCGUACGACCUUCUUGUGACCGACGGGGUAGCAGUGGCCCGCUUACGGCACGGAGCCGUACGGGGACGCACCAACCGACAUGGAUUCCUGUGCCGGUGCGACAGCGUGCACGGGGCGUCCCACCGCUACUGGAGAAGGUGCUUGGAGCGAGCGCAGUGCGUUGUGCACCUGUGUUCGGUAGAUCCGUGCACUUCGCCUGAAGCUGCAGAGCUGCACAUCACGGCAAGCAGCGUGGUCCCCCAGAGUGUGGACGUCGACCUGAACGAACUGUCAGGCCGGGGACCCAUGUGUCGGGCCCUCAACGCUUCCAAGUUCAUGGCACUACAGGGAGUCACUGGACUUUGGGGCACCGGGCGAGCAUGUGGGCGCUGGAUUGCGUCCUGGUGCUGCUGCAGUGGAGCGAGACACUCGAGGCGCGUUCCGCGCCCGGAAAAGGAAGAAGGGCGCACCCCCCGCCAUGACUUGUCGGAGACCGAAUCAGAAGAAGAAGACAACCCGUGCCAGGCAGAUGCGAUUGCCUGGAAAGAAGGCACGCAGACGAAAAGGCUCAGCAAAGAGCGCUGCAAAGAUGCAGCGUGCUCGUGGGUUAAGCUUCUCAACGACGACGGCGUGCAAAGCAGCAGUGGGGAACUACAUUGGGACGGACUGCAAGCUAGCUGCCAGCUCUGCGCCCGACACCAAGAGAGCUACGCCCUUUCGAAAACCCGAAGGGCGUGCUCGGUCGAGGGCUGUGAAAAGGUUGCCCAAACCGUGAAGGGGGGGGUCAAGCUUUGCAGACUUCACGCCAGCAAAGAGGAACGAGGCCCUGCCGUCAAGCCGGGGAAUUUCGCUUCCCGGUCGCGAGGCCUUCCGCAAGCCAGAAAGAGGUCUGCUAGCCGUGGCGCGGAGCGCGCCCGGCCGCACUCACAGGAUGCCACACCCAAACGCGGUACUCAGACGGAGGCAGCAGAACUCCGUGGGAUUUCCUCUCCCCCGCGUUUGGAUGGGGCCGCUUCCGCGGCUUCCCUCCCCGGGGGAGAUGCUUCGGUUGAGGAUCAGGUACUAUCAGGGCUGACCUGGGAAGAGAUCGCGGGGAUACCAGAUGAAGAUCUCCGCAAGAGGGAACCGGAAGAAAGCCAAGCCCUGUUCGCGUACAUGGAAGCGAGGCUCCAAGGGAAGGGCCACGACUCAGCGGUCAAGGUGUCCGCGGACAAGUCCGUGGGCUGCUCCAGCCCCGGAUCGUCCGUGGGCUGCUUCAGCCCGGAUCGCCGCCCGACAGCUCAGGCACUGUCCAGGUCAAGCCCAGGAUCAGGAGGAUCUGGAGGUAGGACCGACGCGGUGGACGCGCUGGCCCAGGCCACCAGGGCUUUCCGAGCAGGAGCCUUUACUGAUGCAGAGGCACCCGCCGCAGACGAGACAACCAAAGCGCUCCAGGCGAUAGCCAAAAGCCUGACCGCAAAGGAAGACGCCCUUGCGCAGGAACGAGGCAAACUGGCGUCAAUUGGGCGCCUGCUCCGGGGCUGCGACACCCUGAGCGUCACUCUGUGCCCAGGCGUGGUGGGCAAGGAACUCUUUCAUGCGCUUCGCAUCGCCGGAACGCAGGCAAGACCGCAGCUGCGGAAGAUCGAGUUCCCUUGCAACAUUCAGAACCGGCACAGCUACGGGUUUGCGGCACUGCAGUUGGGCGGGAAAACGCUCAGUACCCUGCCUGAGUACUGCCUCUCAGCAGGAGAUUUUCCGCUCACCUCGGAAGAAGAUUUCGACAAUUACGGGGGCUCACCGGAUCUCAAACUUGAACGUAAGGGCCGGUACCCUAACACGUUGACCUCCUGGUUCAGAGCCGCCCUCCGUCAGUCUUGGGCCUUCGCCUGUCUCUUCGGCGAAGAAUAUUACCCCGUGCUCGAAAAGGCAGCCUCACACCUGCUCCGCUUAGGGGAGCAACACGGCUAUGCCUGGUCGGCUUCGGCAGUAUACGGUGCGUGGGAAGAACUUUGGGCCCGCUUCUGCGAAGAAGCUCGGGAGUUGGAUCGCCGCAUCCGCAGAGCCAUGCAGGAUGAGACUCCUACGUUUGCCAGGCUGAAGUUUUUCGCCCUGUCUCCUGGCCCAGACGGGCAACCCUGGCUCCAACUGCCAGGCACCUUUCGCCUUGAUGACGAUACCCAAUACUUCUGCACCGAUAUGUUGCCGCGCAUGCAGCGACAGCUCUCGCGUGCGUGUUGGGCCGGCGCGCAGAAGAAGAGCAACGCCGGGUCCCUGGACCACAGGCCGAAAGACCAACAGGGCCAAUACCUGUGUUGGGAUUUCUUGACGCAUCGCGGCUGCAACAAGGGCAAUGGCUGCCCCCACUCACACAAGGCUGCUCCAAAGUGGACCACGCUGGAUUACACGGUCCAGCUCCAGUUGUUGCGCCGCGGGGGCCUUAAGGGGCAAAAGGCCAAAACCGCGGACGAGGUCGACCGUGAGUUUACCCGAGUCCGGGCGGAGCAGGCCGCGAAAGCCGCAGCCGCCAAGCAGGAAGGUAUCGCCGCCGCCAAGGCCAAAGCUUCGGCCACCCAGAGGACCGGCCAAGCUGCGAGCGCGAGCAAUGCUGACCGAACACUCACCUGGAAGGGCGUCGGUCAUUGGGCCAUCCAGGACCAGCUCCCACUCACACCGGAGGCACGCGUCGCUGAGGACUCUUUGGGGCCGACGCCCGAACGGCUCACGCAGGCCGAAGCUGAUGUCCGGGUGUUCCACCACGACCUUCUUCAUUUUGGGCACGACCGGGACUACCGUACUUUGGUCGCGCACCCUUUGCAGGAGUGGGAUUGUUUGGGACUGGCCGUCCUGCGCCUGGACGCCUAUAUGCGGCCUAGUGUUGAAGUUGUUUGCGGCAGCCGUUACAGCGGCAAGGCAGAGGACACUCGGUGGGUGCUGGUGCACCGUGGCCAUAUGCGCUUGCUGGUUCCAGACGAAUCCUGCUUGCCGCCCCUGGGGAGCCGCGAGCUCGAAGCGGCUGGCUGGGAGGCGUACCUUGAGGAAGCCGAGGGCUCUCCGCUACUUGACGCCGGGCGCCUCCUGCAGUGCCAGGUCUGUCACCCCAAGCGUGCGCCUGGUUCUUUUCGGACGGGGCGUGAGGCGGGGGCUUUUGGGUUGCAGGUUCUACGCGCGGGUCGCGGCCACACUGUCCCUGACGAGUGGUCCUCCGCUUUGCGGUUGGCUGCCGCACAGUUGCAAACAGGCGGGCGCUGCGUGCUGGAGGCCCCUCUCUACCGGCGUGCCUGGACCGACAAGGCAACGCGGAUUCAAUUGGAGGAUCUUGCUUCCUCCCUGGUCAGCAAAAUGCAAAGGCUGAAAGGCGUGCUUGAUGGCCCUGCGAGCGAGGCUGAGCGAAACAGCCAAGAGGCAGACCUCUCUGAGGGAACAGGCGACUCCGUCAGGUGUGGAAAGCUGUUCGCCGACUCCGGCCCGCCCUUGGGGCCUCCGCCGUCCUGGCUUCCCAAGAGUCUCCCCAAAGAAGCGGAGGAGGCAGCCGAAGCCUACCUGCGGGAGGUGCACCAGGUCGAGUACUCUUUGCAGGCCUGGAAUGACGCCGUGCAGGCUGGCACGACUCUCCUCAGGCUUUGCGGAGGGUGGAAGGAGGCUGUGGGAGCACUGCGUUACGCGUGGAGGGCCCGGGGGGGAGAAGAUCACUUCGCAGGGCUUUUCGACCACCACCUUGAUAGCCACCUUCCUGAGGAUCUCCUUGCGUGGGUUAGAAGAGUUGCCCAGGAAGGGGUAAAGGCCGAGUACGGUGGCACGCAGCGUGCCUGGGUUAAGGCCACCCCGCAUCCCUCACUUAAGGAUCACGUGGAAGAAGCCCGGCAACUCAUCUGGCAGGACGCCACGCGGGGACGAGUGCUUUUGAUGAGCCCAGGCCCCGAUGAGGAGGACUUGUUGGAUGGGGUGGUAUCCGUACCAUUGGCACGAGUGCCGAAGUAUAACCCAGACAGGUCUGUCUCCUCCAAAGGGAGGGUAAUAUGGGACGCCAGAGUCGUUAAUGAACUUUGCCAUAAGGACGACCAUUUUCCAGCCAUCCAACCCAGAUAUGCUGAGGUGGUAAGGUUGGUGAUGUGGUACAAGAGCCGGUACCCAGGCGUCCGCGUUUUAUUGGCGAAGAAAGACGUCUCAGAAGCCUUUAAGUGGCUUUGGGUCGAGCAGGACGACUGCAGGCUUUUUGGGGCGGAUCUUCCCUCCGAAGGGGCUAUCCGGGACAACCGAGAGUUCAUGGCUUUCGCAUGGGCGAUUAAGUUGCUACACCGAGCGUGUGGCCCUGACCGACCCGAGUGGCACGACACGUCCUCCUUCCGGCGAUCCGGCAAACUCUUGGGCUACUUGCCAUCAACGCGGCCAAAGAUGUCGAAGAGGGUUGAACGGGCCUACCACGUUCUCCAGUCCCCGCACUUCGACGCCGGACAGACCAAGGUACCUCUCAAAGAGGUCCAGGUGCUGCGAGGCUCUCAACAGUUUUGGCUAGGAGUCCUACCGCAACUUGCCCCCUACCUCCAGAGCACCAAUGCGCUUUUGGGACCCGCUGACCGAGAGGGCCACGUCGUCCUACGCGGGAACGAGGCCGAACAGUCCGCACAGUGGGAAGCGUUCUGGAGCGCCAUUGAGCUGCAACGGCUGCUGGUCGGCUCGCGACAGUUUUGGGAAGCGCGUUUCGUUUCGCAGCUCGAGCACGCUCUCACCACGCCUGAACUUUUGGCCCUAUACCAGAGGUCAAGCGUAACCUGGUCUGGGUGUCAGCUGACGCUACGCCUAUACCCGACUUGGAGCGAUCGACUGGCCAAUGCCCAGGACCCUACUGACCUUGAGGCUCGUACCGAGCCCGAGGAGGACCUGGUGGAAAUAGGCGUAGCAGAACUAUUGGCCUUGCUCGUUUUGGUCGUCGCCAGAAAGGAAGCCUGGGCGGGCAGUGUUGUCCUGUACUUGGGAGACAACACCAAUUUGCAAGAUUGGUUGCGCAAGCGACAAGCGGGGGGGGCCUACCUCCGCACCUACUACAAUCAAACCGCCGACGACCUGACCCGGCUUGACCCCGACAAAGUCAUGGAACAACAGGGGCUGACUCGCCUCAGCGUUCCUGAGGAUUGGGGCCGGGUGCUGGAAGAAGCUUGGCACCGCAGAGCCCUCUUGUGGGUCAACCCGACUCCGAUACAGCUCGCCGCACAGAGGAUUGGGCCGGCCCCCCCGCGGGCCAUGCCCGCGUUCGGCUGGAAGGUGCACGAGCUCGGAACUUCGGAGCAUGGCGUGUAUACCCGGGCUUUCUUUGCGGCUGGGGGUUUGAAACACGACCCCCAAGAUUCGACGGCCACUCCAAAGGGAGCACCCACCGUGGAGCGUUCCGCUCCCGGUGAGGAGGGAACUCCGACGCAGGAGGAGCGUCUGCUCUGCGUAGCUACUGUGACCGGUGAAGCGGAGGCGCGAAGAAUCGUGUCAAGCGUGCCCACGCAGGCCGCGAGCAUCUGGAUCGACUCCUUUCGCCCGCUCACGGUCGAGGCGAUCUGCACAGAAGAUGCCCAGAACCGCUGGGAGUGGUGGACAGAAGAGUUCACCGGCCGUACCUUUAAGGAACAGGUGUGGUGGCACCGCUGGGUGCUAGUCGGCGUGAACCCCGAUGCGGGCAAGGCCGGAGCUUGCGAGCUCCCGUGGGAAGACGACGCAGAAGCCCUGGUACGCCUGUGGCUCGGAGGAAAGCUCGAAGACAGGUCUGGGACCCGCUGCUCCGGAAUGGGCGGCAAAGGCAACCAGAAAGGGAAAGGAGCCCAGAAAGGGCGCAGGGACCAGGAGAAGUUGGAGCGUCUCCGUGGCUCGUUCCGAGCCCGGAGUGACGCCGACCGGCGAAGACUGGUUAAGAUCCUCAGACACGAGGCUGCCCUCCUGGGUCUCCCGAUCCGCGAGGACGGAUGGGUCUCGUUGAGGGACCUCAACGCAUGCGUCGGAUCCAUAUCCGGCGAGGAUGCCGCCCAGAUCAUCGGGCGAGAUGAGAAAGAUAGGUUAAUUCUUUCCCAAGAGGAGAAGACGUGUGGGUGGAGGUCUGACAUCGAAACCUCCGUGUUUGUCCUUGCACGAGAAGCCGCCCAGUAUGCCCAGGUUCGGUUUCUACUUACCACCAACGACAUCUACCUGGCACCGGACGGAAUACCCCCCGAGUAUAUCUCUCAGAUAGAGUCCUGGCGCAAAGGACCUGUUCCCUUCCCACCACGGGCCGCGGGGUCUUCCGUGGGGCGUUCCGCCCCCGGAACGGCCGCCAGCUCGCGACGGGAAGGAGCUGCGAAAACCGCAGCUGAAAAGGCUCAACAAAGGGCCGAGGCUGUGGCUGAGCACAAAGAGGCCGCGCGCUUUACCGAGAGGCAAGAGGCCAGGCGUAAGUUAGCGUCUGCUGCGCCUCGGGGCACAGUAGGCGUAGAGCUGCAGAGAGCUCUGGACUCCGACUGUGAGUCCUGUUCGGGCCGAAGGGAGCAAUCCACCCUGAGCGCAGCAGCGUACGCCACGCAGCGCCUGCGAGCCAUGGAGGCGCGCCCUCCGCCGGAACCCGUCGUUCUUAGGCCACGCCACCAACCUGGCACCCCCGCACAGGGCGGCGAACAAGGGGCCCUUGGCUCGACCGACGACACAGCAGAAACCCCUGAACGCCAAGAGCCGGAGCUGGGGGACGAGGAAAUGGAACUGAUCGGGGUCGCUGAGCAGAGGAACUCAGACCAGUGCCCGCUGGAGGGCAGCACCGAGGGCGACGAACCGAUGCCUUCCAUGGAGCGUUCCGCUCCCGGAAUAGCGGAGGUCACGCCCGAGGGCGACGAACCGAUGCCUUCCGUGGAGCGUUCCGCUCCCGGAAUAGCGGAGGUCACGCCUGAAGGUAGCCAAAGCCCGGCCGCUCCGAAAAACACCGCCCAGGAAGCAGCACCGACGCCUGCCGUGGCGUUGGGUGAGGUGGCGUUGGCAGAGCCAGAAGCCAUCGCGCUGAAAGUCGAUCCGGACACGUUGACGGCAGAAAUCGGCAAGCUGUCGUUGGAAGACGAGGACCCGGAUUGGUCCGGCGACGAGGCCGAAAUCCAGGUAGCCACCGCUUUGCCGGGAGAGGCCGCGUCCAGCUCCUCCAAACAAGAAGAGGGCGGGGGAACCAAGAAGGAACUCGAGCUCGACGAGACGGAGGAACCUGCCCCACGCCGCCGCAAAGUGGUACUGGCUACAGGCCAGUUGUCGCUCCUCCGGGCCCUGGCCGCUGCCAACGCGUCCAACUGGUCCGGGGUUCAGCGAGCCCUCAGGGAAGCCCAGGGAUCGGGCGAAGAAAAGAGCGAGCUUGUGGAGAACCUUACGUCCCUUGCGCAAGCGUUCUCCAAGAACCGCGAUGCCUGCGCGCAGGCGGCAACCUCGAGGGUUGCCGCCCUCGCGGAGCUCGAGGGCGCGGAAGCUGCUUACUUCGCGGCACUCCCACCGGCCCUGGCAGAACUGGAACGGAAAAACCCCGUGAGGCCCAGCAUGAAUAGGAGCCUCGGGUGGAUCAACCACGCGCGCUUCCUGCAGGACAAAGAAGCUGCCGGAGUGUGGGUAGCGCGCAGAAAGGAAAAAUCGCGCCUGCGGGCCGCCGCACACCGAGCAGCCCAACAGGUUGCCGAAGGUGCCGGGGCAGGUGCGCAAGACCCGGUCCGCGACCAGGCCGACGCAGCCAGCCACCUCAACUUUCAAAUGAACGAGGCGGCAAAGGACAGCCUACGGCGCUUCCAAGAGGAGCUGCGCGCUGGGGAGCUGGACGCCCCGAUGCGAGCCGCGGUAGCUCAGAAGCGCAAACCCGAGUCCGAGCGCAG